UUUACAGGUUAUGUUUCGCUAACCCGUUUUGAAAAUGAUAAUUUUUAAAAACAUUUCUUACAUUAGAAACUACAAUUUAACGAAACAGCUACGUUUCAAUCGAUUCUUAUCCAGUUUAAAUCUUUGGGAAGAAGAUUUAACAUCGGACAUAAAGCACAAAAUAGAAAAGCACUGGAAAGAUAACAUAAAAUACGACAAAUACAUAGAAGGCCAUGCCAGCAAAGAAAAGUACUACGUAUUACCGAUGUUUCCGUACCCAUCGGGUUCACUCCACAUGGGACACGUUCGUGUAUACACAAUCAGCGACGCUGUAGCCAGAUACCAAAGAAUGAACAACAAAAAUGUGCUCCACCCCAUCGGUUGGGACGCCUUCGGCCUACCCGCAGAGAACGCAGCCAUCGAUCGCAAAAUAAACCCGAACACCUGGACCAAAGAAAACAUCGCCCACAUGAAAACCCAGCUGGAAAACUUGGGCUGCAGCUUCGAUUGGGACAGGGAGUUCCGAACCUGCGCUCCCGAGUACUACCGAUGGACUCAGGAGUUGUUUUUGAAGCUGUUCGAGCGAGGUUUGGCUUAUCGUAAAGAAGCAUUGGUGAAUUGGGACCCGGUGGAUAAAACUGUGCUGGCCGAUGAACAAGUGGACGAAAACGGGAAAUCCUGGAGAUCCGGAGCAACGGUGCAGAAAAAACUCCUGAAGCAAUGGUACAUCAGAACUACAGCUUUCGCCAAGAGCCUACUAGACGGUUUAGACGAUCCUUUGCUGCGAGAUUGGCGCGAUAUCAAGAAAAUCCAAAGGCACUGGAUCGGAGAAUGCGAUGGCAUCAGUUUCGAUUUCCGAGUGGAAGGAUCCGAAUUGGAUUUUCUCACUUUAUGGACGGAUUUACCCGAGUACAUUCGACAAGUGAAAUUCAUAGCAGUGAGCAAAGAUAACAUUUUAUCUAGAAAGGAGAAUUUAGACGAAUGCCGGGACACUGUUAGGCUCGAAGCUCUCGUCAAGAACCCUUUUAAUUCCGAAACGAUACCGGUUUAUGUUACCAAUGAGAUAUCGUUCCUCGAUUCAACGGAUUCGUUUGUAGGUAUUCCCGGAAUUUGUGCGAAAGCCGAAGAAUUCGCGAAUAACCACAACAUCAAAUUCGAUAAAAUAAACCCAUUAAAUCCCACCGAAGCGGAUAAAAAACGUCUCGAAAUAAUCGAAGAAUCCAAAAAAUCGGGCAUCGGCGGUCACCAAACCAGCGCCAAACUAAGAGACUGGCUCAUUUCCAGACAAAGAUAUUGGGGCACCCCUAUCCCCAUAAUCCACUGCGACGCGUGCGGAGCCCUACCCGUACCCCGAACGGAUCUACCGGUCGUCCUUCCGGACAUCGAACACGCCCAAAAGGGUCUACCCGGCCACCCCGAAUGGGUGAAGGCCGCUUGCCCGAAAUGCGGGGGCGCGGCCCGACGCGAAACCGACACGAUGGACACGUUCGUAGACAGCUCUUGGUACUACUUGCGAUUCAUAGACCCCGGGAAUACUAAAGAAAUGUUUAACAAAGAGAAAAUCGCGGCGUCCAUGCCGGUGGACUUGUACAUAGGCGGUAAAGAGCACGCCGUACUGCACAUGUACUACGCCCGGUUCAUCAAUCACUUUCUCCAUUCCGAAGGCUUGGUGCCCGAGAAGGAGCCUUUUAAGAGGUUGCUGGUGCAAGGGAUGGUGAUGGGGAGGAGUUACAGGGUGAAAGGGAGCGGGAAAUACCUGCCGGAAAAGGACGUAGAAGUAUUAGAUUUGAAGAAGAAUAGAGCCGUAACGAAAGAUGGCGGCGAACCGGUGGUUAUAAGUUGGGAGAAAAUGAGCAAAUCGAAGCACAACGGUGUCGAUCCGGUGGAAACGUUCAAAGAAUACGGUACGGAUACCACUAGAUUGUUGAUACUGGCCGAUGUGGCUCCUACCAGCCACAGGAAUUGGAAUACAAACACAUUUCCAGGCAUACUGAACUGGCAGAGGCGCUUGUGGUUGACGGUGCGCGAUUUCCUCAAACACAGGACGUCGCCGCCGCCCGCGAUCGACGACAAACAAUUCCAAAUCCACGACGAUUACAUGUGGGAUUCCCGCAAUUACUACGUCGUCGGGACGUCCUAUAACUAUCUGAUGACGCAGCAAAUCAGCGUGGCCGUGUCGAAGUUGCAGGGGCUCACCAACAGCUUGAGGAAAGUUCCGCCGGCGGUAUUCGCGCGUAGCAAACAAUUCGAAAGAGCCCUGGCGGUGCAGAUAAUUAUGCUGGCCCCGAUGGCGCCGCAUUUCGCGUCGGAAUUGUGGAGCGGCUUCCGCUCGGCGCCGAAUCGACUGAAUACGGAGGAAAUCGAUUGGACGGGUUCGGUGUUCGAUCAAAAAUGGCCGGAGUGCGAUGAGGAGUACCGAUUGAAUUUGGUUUGUCAAGUAAACGGUCACGAAAACGCCAUAGUGAAAGUGCGCAGAAGCGAUUUGGAGAAGCUCUCGAAGGAAGAGGCUUUCAAUAUAGCUAUGGGACAGAAGGAGGUGCAAGAAACUCUCGUUAGAAGGAACGUUUUGGAUAAUAAUUUUACCCUGUACGAAGGCUUCGAGGGUAUCAUAAAUAUAAUCACGGAUCAACCUCCGCCUAGGAGUAAAGAAACGUCGGAUGAACCUCAAAUUGUUUAGUUAAUAAGAUACUUUUUUGAAUAGUCCAUUUAAUAAUAAUUAUAUUAUAAUAUAUCGUUUCUUAAUUA